AUGAACUCCCUCUCGGCGUUUCGUCUCAAGCUUCUCGAAUUUGUCAGUAAGCAUCCUCCAGUUGCUAGCGAGAAGCCCGUGAUUACCUCGUCUGCAACCACAAUCCUGGAGACAGUCACCAAGUUCACCACCAAGCGCUCAACCGUGGAUAUCUUCACUACUUCAACGUCAACAAUUACGCAGCCGAUGACCGUCACCUCGACUGCUACUGUGAUGACGACUGCCACCACGACUAGUACUAAGUCCGUCCCUCUUGCAGUUGCAAGUUUUAACAUGGACAUGGGCAUGCUACGCACGAGUCUUACCACCCUGCUCUGCAUCCUAUUUGUCGGCCUUCCGGUCGUCGUGCUCGGUCACUGCAUCUACACUUCGUUCCGAAACGUAGCUACUCCCCACUCCGGAUCUGUUCCAGCAACCAACUCCCUCCGCCAGCUAAAUUUCGCUAUGGCCCUGUUCAUCCCCUGCGGCCUACUCAUCCUGCACCCCUCGCUGACUGUCAGUCUCACCGCUAUCACUGCCUGCACCAUCCUCAUCAUCUUCCUCGGUACUCUUUACGGCAUCACCGAGCUCGCCUUGCACUUGUGGACAAUGCUGAAGUCCAACUGUCAAGACUGGUUCAACGCCGAGGGAUGGUCCUAUCAGCCUGGAUGGAGCAGGGCUACAGCACCUAUUCCCCCGCCGUUGCCUUCCACCACCAACGAGGUACUGGCCCUGGAACACAUGACAACUAGCCAGAAGAUGGAACGGCAGACACAGCUCUUCACACAACUGAAUGAGGUGAUUAGAAGCCAUACGCCCGAGGAGCGAAAGCAAAUGAAGGCGCGCCUGAUGAGAGAGUGGUGUCUCAUCGGCGAAGACGGCGAUGGUGGUCAUGUUCAGCCGUCUUGGGAUACGCUGACCAUUCGCGGUACCCAUGACAAUCGGGAUGAUGGCUGGCCCUGGCAAGUUGACCACGCACUUGCCGCCACUCACGCAUUCGAUUAUGGGUAUAUGCAUGUUCCUGAAGGUUCUGGCCAUGCUUGGCCCCGUCCCGGAUGA